AUGUCCUCUGUCAGGUCGGGCAGUCCUGCGCCAUCCUUAUACUCCUUCCACCCUUCCAUCGACGAGCGGCUAGUACUUCGUAGUGUCCACGGACGGAUCCUCAAUAGCCAAAAUGAAACAUACAUGCUUCCUGCUGAUGUCGAAGAGCAUCAGCGCUUGGAUUUGCAGCAUCAGAUUUACACCCUAAUGCUCGGGGAUCUCUAUACAGCUCCAGAGAUGGUUCAUCAUGCCCUACGACCUCGAAAUGAUUACCAGCCUGCCAUAUUCGAUGUUGGUACUGGCAGCGGAAGCUGGGCCUUGGAUAUGGCGAAGGCUUUUCCUCACUGCAAUGUGGUUGGUGUGGAUCUUGCACCAAUACGUGUGACCGGACCACUGCCAGAAAAUGUCAGAUUCGAAAUCGAUGAUGCAAAUUUGGGUUUUGCCCAUUAUAGACAGAACUUUGAUGUCAUACACGCUCGUGCAAUCUCAGCUGGCAUACACGACUUCAAAGGUCUCCUACGAGAGUUUGCUAACGCCCUUCGACCUGGUGGAGUCCUACUCCUGGCGGACGGGGAGAUGCAGCUCUACGACGAGUCGAAAGAGCCACUAGCAGCUCUAGAACCGGGAGAGCCCGGCUUUACUUGGACGCAGAAGGUAUUUUUCGCGGCGUAUAAUGCCAUGAAAAAUCGUGGCGGUUGCAUCGACUCUCCAACCCUCACGCCCAGAUGGCUGCAGGAAGACGGACACUUCACCAACAUCGGUUGGAACAAAAUAUUCGUCCCCAUAGGGCCUUGGGUCGAAACUGCUUCUCCUAGAGAAAGACAGAUGGCCGAAAUGAUGCGCACGAAUACCUUGACUCAUAUCAACGGAAUGGCACCGCUCCUACUGAGCGAGGGAUAUUUCCCUGAGACAGUGGAGAAGAUGCAACGCGAGGCAGCCAUUGAGGUCCAAUCUCUGCGAGUACACUUGUACAGCCGCUGGAAUUUUGCUUGGGCUAUAAAGGCCGCAUAG